CUGCGACAUUGGAAACCAUUACCGAAAGUACACUUUGCGUAGAACGAAGCGAGCGAGAAAAUUUGUGCAGUUGCGAUCCGAAAAUCGACUUGUGAAAGCUAUCACCAAAUUCCGACAAUCUCCGUGCUGUUUCUAAACCAAUUUGCAAAAUUUGUGUUUGUGUUCCUGCCACAGUAAAAGGGGAAAAGGUCUCCGCUGCCGCUACUCCGACGACGGUCGAGAUUCGUUCGAUCGAAAAAAAUCAACCCAAAUUGUGCGUCCGUGUGUGUGUGUGUAGAGUAGCAACAAGCAGCAGCGCGUUCCGACAAACACCCGUCCCCGGUGACCCAGUAAAAGCAGCGAAAAUGAUGGAAAAAUACAAGUCCUCUUUAUACAGCUAUUUGUAGCCUGCUGUGUUUGAGAGUGUGUGGGGUGUGUGUGUAGCGCAGGAAAAUUUAUCUUCUUGCUGAGCGCGUACGGAUUACCAAAACAAAAUAAAACACACAUUCGAAGCGCAGUGUAUUAGAUGCGCUGCGGCAAAUGGUGCGUAUUUUAAGUUCGAUUACAUUCCGCAUUUACCGUACACAAGCGGUGUCAGUGGACAGCAAGUGAGCAUAAAGAAAACUGCUACUUCGUGCGUACGGUUGGGCGUACGAGUGUGUGCGUAGAGUGCGUAUUUGUGUUGUGUAGAGUGAUUUCGCUUGGACCCCGAGCUGUGGUCGCUUUCCUUUGAAGCGCAUCGUGAAAAUGCGUUAAAAUUUCCCACCGCAAUUACCAGUGUGUGUGUGUGUGUGUAGAAGUGAGUCACACGGCAGGAUUUAUCCUGUUCUCCCUUGUGUGUGCGAGUGAGUAAGUGAGAGUACGUGAUUUAUCACGGAACAGGAAAGGCAGCACCACUUUUUACCAAUCGUUUGAAGGUCAAAAGAAGGAUUUCAAAAAAGAAAAAAUUUCAAAAAAAAAAAGAAGGUCAAAAGAAGAAGGAGGAAAAGGCUAGUUUUCAAGGCCUUAAAAGUUCCCGGGAAAGUGUGCGUGCGCGUUUGUUUGUUUGUUUGGGAGUGCGCAAAGUAAAAGCGUCCCUCUGGCGUAUUGUGUAGAAUUGAUAAUUUGACCGUAAACAAAGAGUAAUUCACCGCAAGCACGACACUUCCGCUAGAAGAAGAAGUCUUCUUGUGUACAAACGAAACGGGUCGACAUCGUUUCGCGAUCAUAGUGUGCGUGGAACGUGUGCGUCAUCAUCGCUGUCAUUACAAACACAUACAGACACGGAGCUUGACGCAGUCCGCUGGCCUGAGGUGUGUUAUUUUUGUGUUGUGCCUCUUCGUCGCUUCUACACAAUUUUUGGUGCGAAGGGCCAUCGCCAAUCGGACUCCUGCUGUCCCUGAACUGCGGAAACCUUGUACCGAGGGAUUAACGUUGAUACGCUUCCACCGGAAAGCGCAUUGAAACGAACGACUCGUCGCUGCUAUUUAGAUACCUGCUUGCCAUAUACGAGCCGGCAAGGGCAAGACACGCUUUCUCCGUACUUAAAUGUGCCCGCAACCGGUCGCCUCCGUCGCCGUCGCCGCCGUCGCCCCCGUCACCAGCAACAGCAACCGUAUUAAUAGUAGCAGCAGCAUUCGACGCCGCUACCUUCAGCCGCAGCAGCAGCAGCAGGUCGCGAGCACGAAACUGUUCAAGAAGAAGCUCUGCGUACACCCGACCACCAUGUUCAGAAUCGCCCUCAAGCUCAACAACGGCCUGAUAAGAUCGCCCAAGAUGGUCAAAUACUCAGCCGCCCCGUGCCGGAGUUGUUUCACGGUGAGCCUGCCGCUCCUGCCACUGCACUAAGAAGCUAACCGCUCGUGACUAGCGUGUCUAAUUUGGCCAGAUUCUAAGGCAUACGCUGUGUAGCUUGUAAGCAACCAUAAAUAAGGCAUCGUUAAACUAUUGGUUUGGUUAAAACAACAACGACGACAUCGAGAAGCAACGCUAAAUAACAACAACAGCCAGUGCACCGAUUAUUUUGUAAACGCUUAGCAAAGAGAGCGAGAGAAGUAAAAACAACAUCUCAAAACAUCAUCCAACAGUGUGUGUGGAUUAAUACACACAAGCAAGCGUAAAUAUCGAAGGAAAUAUUGUUCAACAAAUCACACAUCCAAGGAAGCCGUGAAGGAACGAACGAACCGGAAACGACGACGAUUUUGAUUCCCUAUUUUUGUGUUUAAGCACUUGAGCAGCAAACAAUCAGCAGGCAAAAUGAAGCUGCUGGAAAGUACACGGUUCGAGGCGGUCAACAACAAGCUGCACAUCCAGACCGGGGACAGUACGAUCUACGGCCGGAUCGAAUCGUACUCGUGCAAGAUGGCGGGAAAUGAUAAGGCACUGUACAAGCGGUUCACCUCCGAGCAGUCGCCGACCGAUCUGCAGGCCCUGUCGCCACCGCAAACGCUGCAGGACAUGUCGCCGCAGAUCCUUCGCAGCAGCCUGUCCGGGGACGAGGGUGUCACGCUGUGCGAUACGAUUUCGCGCAAGACGCUGUUCUACCUGAUCGCGACGCUCAACGCAGCGUUCGAGCCGGACUAUGACUUCAGUGAGGCCAGGAGCCAUGAAUUCAGCAAGGAGCCAUCGCUGCAAUGGGUGCUGAACUCGAUCGAGGGCAACCUGGGACCGGUGGCUGGCGAACAGUACAGCAAGAUCCGUCACGCCCUCUGGACGACGAUCGAGGACGAGAUUUCGCUGAAGGACUGCGACAUCUACAGCUACAAUCCGGACCUUAACUCGGACCCGUUCGGCGAGCCGGGCUGCCUGUGGUCGUUCAACUACUUUUUCUACAACAAGAAGCUGAAGCGCAUCGUUUUCUUCACUUGCCGUGCGAUCAACUCGGUUUACGUGGACUCUGGCUUUUCGAGCGAUUUCGCUAUGGAGGACGAAGAAUGCUACUAACUGCACAAUACUGUGCCUGUCCUUCAAGUGUUCUGUAUCAUCGCUGGAAUCAAGCUAGAAUGGAGUCGACAGAAUCAAAAUCAGUUCGUCUUCAAAAUUCAAUCCGUUCGAAAGGGUCUUUAGUUUGCAAACAAAAAUUUGAUCAGUUAAUUUGUUUUUUCUCCCUUUUUUCCUUUCCACCAAUUGCGAACGUUCUCAUCUGAGAGUGUAAUUUUUUAAAUGUUUUCUUUGGCAAUUUUCAUCAAUCAAAUCGUUCGGACGAUAGAUAGGUGUCCUAGAGAAAAGAGUUCAGUUCCAGGACGAAGCGCACACGGCUUUUGCGUUCGUAGAUUAGUUUGUGUUUGUUUGCAUUACAUUGAAAACCAUUUAUUUCCCUUCCCUUUUUUAACAAACUACAACGUAAUGUUUAACCCAUUUUAACGUCAACUUUGACCGAGAGUGUAUUUUGUGUGCGUGUUUCAUCUUUAAUUUUUUUUAUUUUCCCCAUCCCGCGAUUAUCAGACACCUAUUACGAUUGACUUUAGUAAUUAAUAAUUUGUCCGUUGCGGUAUUUUUUAUGAGGAGAGAUUAAUGAAACCGCGGCAGAUGUAUGAACAAUAAUUUUCUUCGAUAUUUUAAAGAAACACCGCAAAUUGCAGUAGCAGUGCACACGCUAUCGCUGCUAAGCAAAACGUACUAAAUGUUUGCAAGCUCCAGUUUCAAAAUAAUAAUGAUUAUAAUAACACCGAGUUUAAGCAGGAAUGAAAAAAGAAAACCAACCAAGAACCAAGACACGGCACCGUUACGGUGAGGGCAGGUGAGAGCUGCGGCGUGAGAACUCGCGUAACGGUGCGUGCGCGAUGCUGGCAAUGUGUAGCCAACUGGAGCAGCUGGAAGAGCUUACCGAUAGAUAAUAGGAAGUAGCUUUUUAGGGGGUAAGAAGAGAGAGAGGGAGAGAGGGAGAAGUAAGGGGGAAUGUACGGCUAUCCACAACCAUUGGCGGGCCAGUUAAAGGUGUCAGCACCAUUUGCGGUUGUGAAGCCGGGAAAUAAAAAGCAUCGUCGGGGCUGCUUAGGCUUUGCAUGCCAAACGAGAGAGAGAGAGAGAUGAAUUAGGAGAAAAAAGAAAAAAAGCAGAUGAAACAACACCUUCCAUAAAGCAAGGUACAUUUACAUAUGGUAUGCCUCUAACGUGUGUAGCAGGGAGGAUAUUUAGUAGAUUUGAUUAAUAAGCGUGUGACCACUCACUUCCGGAGGGUGCGCACAGUAGUAACAUGUGUUAGUUUUGUGCUAGAGAAGCUCUUCCUCCGAGACCCCCUGCGUGAGACGGGCCAGGUGACCACACCUGCCCGGGAACCAUGGGGCGGUUUCCCAGUUGGUGAGAUUGCCGCUGUUUCCUGUUUGCGGACGAAGCGCACGGAUUUUGAUCGUCCAGCGGGAAAAUCCGUACGAAAAAAACCAACAACAACCAGUCCAUCACAACGCAGCCUCGUCCGCAAACGGUGGACAGUGAGUAGGUACACUGAGAGGGAUAGGGCGGUUCCCGGUGGUUUCAAUCAGCCCCGGGACGGGAAAGCGUUGUUUAGAUUACCCCAACGGAUGAUCCGUACGCUGCACUUCUGCACCGACUGCAUUCCAUCCGCAUACCCGUUUGGUGGCGGGGUUAAGCAGCUUAAAACGGAAAGCAAGUCCGUGAAAGGGUAUCGCAAGAGGAAGGAAUUAGAUCAACUUCACUCUCAUUCUUCCCGUCCACCAUCGACGAUUCCUGUGUUCCGAUUGGUGGGACCGCACGUGAGAACUAUUUCACUGACUGUACCAAUUUUGUGAUAUUAGAAUUGUAAGUUUUAGCUCUUAUGUUCGCCCUCGCGCCCUCGGGUUGUAACAGCUCAGCUCCGUUAAACUCUCAACUCUUCUUAACAAAUCAGUCUCUUAAAAGCGUAAUUACUAAGCUCACACUUCCUCCAAAAAAAAAAAUGGGGAUUAAACACACCGGCUGCACCGGCAGGGGCCCCCAAGAGCCGCCGAUGCACAUCACCCCAUUCGUCUGUGCCUCUCGCGUGUGUGUGUGCUGUGCUGUUUACAUCGUCGUGUCCUAUCUUAUCUAUCUAAUCAAAUGGAAGAGGAGAUAGAGGGAAAAAACGAUCCCCUAAAAUGACAAAAAAACGUCUUCGUGAUCAUCAUACAAGCUCCAAGUACAAAACUACACGAAAUGUGAUAAGUAGCUUUUAGACCACGGGGAGGGGACAUAAUACCAGCCAGCCAGUGAGGCGUGCGCACGAGGACAACGAUAAACAGACACACACACUGCACAGGCAAGAGUCAGAGUGUAAGGUGGUGCGCCUUCCGUCCUCUUUAUAUAAUUAACACCACACACAAUUGAUCUCGCUUGAAGGAAGGGGGGAGAAAAAGGGCUAGAGAGAGAGAGAGAGAGUUAAUGUAUCCUAAAUAUCAUAUCUAAGCACUACGGGAGAAUGUUAGUAGAGGACGGAAGCGCAUUACCGGCCACCGAACGUGACCGACGUUUGGUGGGGUGAUAAGCAGCAGCUUGGCUCAGUUGUUGCUGAUUCCCAAGCUUGACCUCCCCGGCCACCGCCGUGCCGGGUGAGACAGGAUUAGUGCACGGGGGAUUUGCAGGUUAGAGUAAACUCUGACAUUUAAAAAAAUGCCCCCCCACAAACAUCUGAAUUAACUUUUCCACAAUCCACGAUUUAUCGUCAAUUCUUCCUCCAUUUUUUUCCUCCAAUAGAAAGAAGCGAGCUGUUAGGCUGUUAUUGGGAUCCCAGGAUCCGCGGGAACGGGCGAAUAUUAAAUACUUAUAAACAACCCCCCACGCAAAGCAUACAUAUGGAUUGACUUAAAAUAAUUUCGUAAAUCGUGUUUAGCGCCGAGCUAUAGAUGGUGGGUCAUUUGCAAACACUUUUUCAAUCUUCUCCGUCGAGCAACAGUUUUCAAAUUAAAAAAAAUCGUUCGUUAACUCAAUCCAGAUCGGCGAUAGGGCGGGAAGAUUUAAUACACAUAAAGUACUGCAAGGCGUUAAAGAAGGAAUAGAUUUACACAGCAAACACCCCGAACCUAAGCAGCAACAGCAGUAGUAGCACAGCGGGUGCGCCUACUUUAUCAUUAUUUUAACUGUAUUCUCUUUAGCAAAUGCAAACAAAAACCUUCAACCCCCAGGAUAGCAAACACACCGUAAUGUAUGGUUAAGGAAGAUUAAACAAAAAACCAAUAAAAUGUGGACAAAAAAAAGUUUAAAAAUGGAAAA